AUGGCAACGACGAGUAAGCUGUCAUUUCGGGCGAGAAAUUUGGAUGCGACGAAAUCGAUGCCUGUAUACUGCGCUGAUGAAUUACCCGAUCUGGCCGAAUGUACACCGAUCAAUCGGGCGGUGGCACAAAUGCCAACGGGUAUGGAAAAAGAUGAAGAAAAUGAGUCUCAUUUGCAAGAGGCGAUCCUUGCGCAGCAGGCCAGUACGUCGGGUAUUGCUGUAGAAAAUCAUGUCAUACCAACGCCAAAAGUUUUCACUGUCGAUCGCGGAUAUUAUGAUGCACUAUAUCCGGUACAACCAGCACCAUCUAUCAAUCAACUCAUCAAAGUACAAGCUUCAUUAUCGCUUGGAAAUGAGGAACCUGAUUAUGAUAUCGAUAGUGAGGAUGAGGCAUGGUUGGCCGAACGUGGGGGACUUACUGCAGAGAGUGAUUUCGAAAAGAUGAUGGAAUUGCUAGAGGGUGCGAGCAGCGGUUUACAAAUAUGUCAACCUAAUGAAGCGCGGUCAUUGCUCAAGGAUUUCGAAACAGAUCUCGUUGAUGAUGUUUAUGAUUAUUGGUUACAGAAGCGCAAGGAUGCAGCAGCAUCGCGUAAGAUUGCCUCAUUGAUUCCACGGGUAAAAACGGAUGCACGUCGGGAUGCAUCGGGUUCGGAUAUUGCUUAUGUUGCGUUCCGACGACGUUUGGAACGAAUGCAGACCAGAAAAAACCGGAAGAACGAUGAAGAUUCGUAUGAAAAGAUAUUGAAGCUUGGCCAUGAUCUCAGCAGAGUUGUUAUCCUCUUCGAUAUGCUUAGGCGAAGGGAACACACCAAACAAACCGUCAUAGGAUUAGAUGACAAAAUAUGCAAGUGUCGGUGGGCUGUUUGUGACUUCAGUUGUGUUCUUUACAAUCAUAUACUGUCUAAAAUGAAAUUGGAGCGUAAUACAACGGUGAGCCCUACCGAAGAAUCGCAGGAUGAAUUGCCAAGUAGUAUGUCACCAACAAAAAUUAAAGCACAGAAGCGAAAACGACAUUCCAGAAGUCUGGCAUCUGAACCGGAUAAAGAUUUAGUUAGUCGUGCAUGGUUGAGAAGGAAUGCAGAGUUAUGGAAUAAGCCAGCAAUUGCUGCCAAUGUAUUGAAUGCCGGAGCGUCGCCAAGCACGGUUUCAAUGACUGAUGCGGAACGUAACGCGGAAGCAGCAUUGGAUGGCCGAUAUACAUUUAAGAGACGGCGUGGAUGCAUAUAUCGGUCGAGUUUGUUCUCGAAUCCACCGAAAGUUCCAAGAGUUAGCCCUGCAGAACGUUUCUACCGCACGUUUAUGCCAUCUGCGAAUGGUAUACGUUGUAUUGGUUACGCAAGACGGAGGAUGGGGCGGGGUGGAAGGAUCAUAUUCGAUCGAGUUCUGCUUUCUGCACCGUCAACGUCACAGUCUGCCCCAGAUCCACCGUUUUCUUCAGUUAUCGAUACUACCAAGAGUUAUCAGUGCAAGCUGGUGGCUGUCGGUGAUAAUAAGGAUGACAAUGAUUCAUCGGAUUCUGAUGAGAAUCGUAGGAACUGGGACGAUGAAGAUGAGCGAGAGUACAGAAGGCAGGAAGAGCUUUAUGCAAGGCGGAUUUUUGAUAUGUCCGAUACUGGUUCCACGCAAAAACUUCAAAGUGGUAUGGGGCGAGAUGGGACAUCAUCCCGGGGUACCGGUGAACAGGUAGUGGUGCUUGGUGAAGAUAACAACGGGUCAGCUUCGGGUAUUGGGCAGAGUAUCAUGUCAGUCAAUGGUGUUCGUGAAACAGAUCACUUACGAGUUGUCAACUUGCAACAAAACGGACCACCGAUGAAUGUCAAUGCAAGAUCGGUCGGUGAUUGCGGCCUACAACCCGUUUUGCUGACUGCAUCUGUUGCUGGGAAAGUAGAGAAAGUGGCACCAUUACCGAAUGCAUCAUCUUUAAAUUAUCAACAAAAGCGGGUACACGAUCAUUCCUUACGCAUUCCAUCACAAAUGUCGUUGUCAUCCGAAACCAGCGAGUCAUCCCCGGUUUUUUACGCGCAUCUCCCGCCACCGCUGCCUCCAGCAACGAGGGUGCUGGCGGCGGGAGAGCAGACGAUUCAUCGUCCUCCUCGAACGUUUGAAUUUGUCAACAAUUCUGCUAUGUUGAAUCAAGCUCAAACAUUGAUUGUCACAACAACGCAACCACCAAGGCAGGAUCAUCUGGAACGACAAAUUUUGGCUAUACCGUCUCAAGAAGUUAUCAUUGGUGGACAAAAUAUUAGACCACGAGCAAGUGGAAAACGACGAUCGUUUGUUUCUUCAAGCGUUGCACAGUUGUCGUCGUCUCUUCCGCGAUCGGAAACUAAUCUGCAGCGCUUAAAUACUAGUGGUCUUCAUGCGGAUAUCGUAGCGCAAGCCACGCAUUGUGUUGAUACUAAACGGCUUGAACUUGCCAUAAAAGGUUCCGGAGCACGCAUUAAGCCUUCUCCGAUGAUUGCGCAUUCUCUUUUACAAUCCUGUCCACCGGAAACAAAGACACUUCGAGAUCUUUUGUUGGGUACCGGAUUGUCAAGUACGAAAACUUUAAACAAUACGGCGGUUAUGCCAGCGGUUACCAGAACAUAUACUGCCCCGCAAUAUGUACCUGUUGUUGGCGAUACUCAUCGCUACGCACCAUUCACUAAUGCAACAACCACUUCUUAUUACGUGCCGGUAACAGAUGUUUCAUCUCCAGGCAACGAGAGUAUAUUAUCACCAACACCUCAUGCCAUGUCAUCGGCAAUACAGAGUCAAUCAGUGCGGAAUUAUUUCGGAAUGACUGAGCCGAAAAUCCAAACACCUGUUGCAGUAGUGAGCAGUCGACCGUCUCUGAACGGAACUCAGGUUGAUACAAGACGUAGUAGUGGUGCAAUAACCAAAACAAAUGGUGGCAGUCGUGAGCGCGAAACCUUCAUCAACUCUCCGCAAGUGGGGAUUGAGUUGCAACCGCAUCAGGCUAAAUGCCGCAUUGGUAGUGCUUCGUCUCCUUUAAAUGCGAUGUUAUCUACCGAAAGACCCGCCGAGGAAAAUGCUGUUAAUCGAAGCGGAGGGAAUUCAGCAGUUGCCGUUGCUACGACACCAACAGUUGUUGCGGAAAAAAUGUAUCCAGAACCAGCGGGGGCUGCAAAAAAUACCUUGAGCAACAAAGUUACGAAUAAUCAUCGUGAUAUUGCUGCAUGUCAUGGAAUGGUCAAUUAUGUCAUUAACUAA